AUGGCGGUCAAGCAAAUAAAUGGCAUUCUCAAGAAGCUUGAUUGGAAGAAAGUCGAAGCUACUUUGCUUUCUGCUGAAAGCGAUGACGCGGAUCCUGAAUUUGAAGUUUGCGAAGCUUCGUUAGAAGAUUGGGAGAGGUAUGUGAAGUCGGAGACUCAAGUACUGGUGUCAAGAUCAAUGGCAUUUGAAGAUGGUAGAAUCUACAUUGUCGAGCUACCGACCGAGAUACACGAUAACUUCUGUCGUGACCUAGACUUCGCCAUCUUGAUUGCGACUGGCACAGGAAAUCAGCAUUUGCGGCCACGAGGAUCGAGUUACGUUGAAUCUCAUCAAAAGCUCGAGCCCGAUUGCAGUUUUGGACCUCCUCCCGGUAUUGGUGCCGUUCGACCAGUUGGAAUGGAUUGGGGAGAAUACCACACUUUGAAGGUGGAAGUAGGAGUCUCACGUGAAUGGCCCUAUCUGGAUCGAAAAGCGGAUCGAUGGAGGCAAUUUUCCGGCGUCGAGUACAUUUUCUGUAUUCGUAUAUCACCAGCGCUGCGGGUUCAUCAGUACAAGCUCCACACGGUGGUUAAUCGAGCAAAUCCACUUCCGGUCAUUAAUCCGAUACCUAUCGCCAAUCCGACAAAUGUGGCUUUCAAUUCGCGCCGUUUGUUAGGCCUCGUUGGACGAGGUCACACUCCCCAAGGCUUUUCUCGGCCCAAUGUAGUGAUCGAUUUAUUUCCGCUCGUAGAGAGGCUAAUUCAGGAAAACCAGUGA